UCACCAUGUUCUUUCUCCCUCCUUCACUCCACCACCAUUACAUCUCUCUCUCUAUACUAUUUUUUCUCUCUGUUGCUCAUCUUUCUUCUAAGUAAAGCUCCAUUUCACCAUAAAAAUCCAAAAUCUUCUUAUUUAUUUCAUCAUUUCUUCUUGGUAUGUCUCAUAAAUAUCCCUUCACUUACUAUUUCUAAUUUUAAGAGCUUCUUUAAGUGUGAACUGCAUUUGUUGCUUAGGUAACUGCUGAAGUUAUUGAAGAUUACCAUUUAAUUGAGGAGUUGGAUGGUCUUUGUGAGAGUUGUAUAGAGUUAAAGAUUACUUAUAAUUUUGGAGCAUGACUUCUGAUAUGCCACCAGUUAGUAUGAGGUCAAGCAGGUCUUCGUUUGGCUCGAGUAACGGAUAUGAAACACCUUCUCAUUAUUCUUUUCCAACCUCAAAUGGGGAUGAUUAUGAUAGUGAUGGUUUCAAUUUUGCUCCACCCACUCCAAACACCCUCUCAUCAGUUCUGUCACCUGAACUUGCUGGUGCAAUACCAUAUAUUGACAGAUUCCAGGUUGAGGGGUUUUUGAAGGCUAUGCAAAAGCAGAUUCACUCUGCUAGCAAACGUGGGUUCUUUCUAAAAAAAUCCGUUGGGCCCCAAGUUCGAGAAAAGUUUACAUUUGAGGAUAUGUUGUGUUUCCAAAGGGAACCCAUCCCAACAUCAAUUUUGAAAAUAAAUGGUGAUCUCAUUAGCAGGGCAGUUAAGUUAUUUCUGUCCAUUCUGAAGUAUAUGGGUAUUGAUUCCUCUGAUAGAGUGGCUCCAAUCAGCUUGGAUGAGCGAAUCGAGCUUGUUGGCAAGCUAUUUAAGCAGGCCUUGAAGCGGUCUGAGCUUCGGGAUGAAAUGUUCGCACAAAUUUCAAAACAAACAAGGAAUAAUCCGGAGAGGCAUUCUUUGAUUAAAGCAUGGGAACUAAUGUACUUGUGCGCAUCUUGCAUGCCUCCGAGCAAGGAAAUUGGUGGAUACUUGUCAGAAUAUAUUCAUACUGUGGCACAUGGAAGUAAUACUGAUUCCGAGGUUCAAGUUUUUGCUAUAAAUACUCUAAAUGCGUUGAAACGUUCUAUUAAGGCUGGACCGAGGCACACGAUACCUGGUCGUGAGGAGAUUGAAGCUCUCCUAACUGGUAAAAAGCUUACUACAAUAGUGUUUUUCUUGGAUGAAACCUUCGAAGAAAUUACAUAUGACAUGGCCACAACUGUAGCUGAUGCUAUUGAGGAGGUUGCAGGGAUAAUCAAAUUGUCUGCUCAUGCUAGCUUCAGUUUGUUCGAGUGCCGUAAGGUUGUUACUGGUUCUAAAUCUCCAGACCUUGGAAAUGAGGAGUACAUUGGUUUGGAUGAAAAUAAAUAUAUUGGAGAUCUACUGGCGGACUUUAAGGCAUCGAAAGAUAGAAGUAAAGGGGAGAUUUUGCAUUGUAAAUUGGUUUUCAAGAAAAAGUUGUUUCGGGAGUUAGAUGAAGCUGUUACAGAGCCAAUGUUCGUGCAAUUAUCAUAUGUCCAAUUACAACAUGAUUACAUAAUGGGAAAUUAUCCAGUUGGCAAGGAUGAUGCUGCACAGAUGUCUGCUUUGCAGAUCCUGGUUGACAUUGGAUAUGUGGAUGGCCCUGAAUCUUGCACUGACUGGACAUCACUGCUGGAGCGAUUUCUACCCAGACAAAUUGCAAUGACACGGGCAAAGAAGGAAUGGGAAUUGGAUAUCCUUUCUCGUUACAAAUUGAUGGAAAAUCUGACAAAAGAUGAUGCCAAACAACAAUUUUUGCGGAUCCUGAGGACGCUUCCUUAUGGCAAUUCAGUUUUCUUUGCUGUUCGAAAGAUUGAUGAUCCAAUUGGACUUUUGCCUGGUAAAAUCAUAUUGGGCAUUAAUAAGCGUGGGGUUCAUUUUUUCCGUCCAGUUCCAAAGGAAUAUUUGCAUUCAGCUGAGCUCAGGGACAUAAUGCAAUUUGGUAGCAGCAACACUGCUGUGUUCUUUAAGAUGAGGGUUGCUGGUGUCUUGCAUAUAUUUCAGUUUGAAACGAAACAGGGAGAAGAAAUCUGUGUUGCUCUCCAAACACAUAUUAAUGAUGUGAUGUUACGCCGCUACUCUAAAGCCCGCUCUUCGGCUAAUGGUUCUGUUAAUGGAGAUGUUCCAAAUAAUCUCAAAACUGCAAACACUGAUAUUAAUGAAAGACGCAUUCAGGAUUUGUCUAGAGCCCUUGAAGAAUCACAGAAGAAAGUCAAUGAUUUGCUGGAAGAUUUACAUGAAAGGCAAAAACAAGAAACAGAGAUGCAAGAAGAAUUGGACAACUUAAAAGAUAAUUUGAGUUCCGAGAAGCAAAAUUUAGCAGCGGCUGCUUAUGAUUGUGAUAAAUUCAGAUCUUUAUGCGAUGAAAAAGAUGCAGAACUUCAGGCUGCCCUAACGGAGAAGCGAAACUUGGAAAUGCGGCUUUCGAAGUUAAGUUCACAAGGUUUGGAGAAAAAUAUCACGAAAGAGUUGGUUGAAGCAAAUAACCAGGUCUUACAGAAGAUCCAGCAAGAGUUGAAAGCUCGUACUAUGGAGUUGCGUACUGCAGAAGAAACGAAGAGGAGGCUUUUGAGUGAAAAAGCAUCACUUGAGGAAAAAAUCAUAGGGUUAGAAAAGAAGAAAUCCAGUGAGGUGGAAAACCUUCAGAAAGAUUUUGAAAAAGAAUGCAAGGGGCUGAGGCUCCAAGUUUCUGAACUUCAAAGGAAACUGGAAGAGGCCAAACAUGACUUGAUUGGUGCACAAUCAGGUCUUGAAGCUAAAGACAAGGAGCUAGAAAUGUUGCAGAAUAAUUUGAAGGAGCUUGAGGAGCUGAGAGAAAUGAAAGAGGAUAUUGAUCGAAAAAAUGCACAAACUGCUGCCAUCUUGAAAAUGCAAGGGGCUCAAUUGGCUGAAAUGGAAGUACUUUACCGAGAGGAACAAGUUCUGAGGAAAAAGUACUUCAACAUAAUAGAAGAUAUGAAAGGCAAGAUCAGAGUAUACUGUAGAUUAAGACCACUUUGUGAAAAGGAAAUUAUAGCGAAGGAAAGAAAUGCCAUCAGAAGUAUUGAUGAGUUUACUGUUGAACAUUUAUGGAAAGAUGAUAAAGCAAAACAGCACAUGUAUGAUAGGGUCUUUGAUGGAAAUGCCACCCAAGAUGAUGUGUUUGAAGAUACUAAGUAUUUGGUGCAAUCAGCUGUUGAUGGAUUUAACGUUUGCAUAUUUGCAUAUGGCCAAACUGGAUCAGGCAAGACAUUUACAAUCUAUGGAGCUGACAGUAAUCCAGGACUGACACCAAGAGCUAUGUCUGAACUAUUUAGAAUUAUGAAACGAGACAGUAAUAAGUUUUCUUUCUCUUUAAAGGCGUACAUGGUAGAGUUGUAUCAGGAUACGUUGGUGGAUCUUUUAUUGCCAAAGCAUGCAAAGCGCUUGAAAUUGGAUAUAAAAAAAGAUUCAAAGGGCAUGGUUUCUGUGGAGAAUAUAACGGUGGUGUCUAUUUCAUCGUACGAGGAACUUAAGAUAAUAAUCCAAAGAGGAUCUGAACAGCGUCAUACGACUGGAACCUUGAUGAAUGAGCAGAGUUCAAGAUCUCAUCUUAUUGUUUCAGUUAUUAUUGAGAGUACCAAUCUUCAAACUCAGGCAAUUGCCAGAGGGAAGCUGAGUUUUGUGGAUCUUGCUGGCUCAGAAAGAGUUAAAAAGUCUGGCUCUGCUGGCAAUCAAUUGAAAGAAGCUCAAAGCAUUAACAAGUCACUGUCAGCACUUGGUGAUGUUAUAAGUGCAUUAUCUUCAGGAAGUCAACACAUUCCUUAUCGAAAUCACAAGCUAACCAUGUUGAUGAGCGACUCGUUAGGUGGAAAUGCUAAAACCCUCAUGUUUGUAAACAUCUCUCCAGCAGAAUCGAACUUGGAUGAGACUCACAAUUCCUUGACGUAUGCAUCAAGAGUCCGUUCUAUUGUAAAUGAUCCCAGCAAAAAUGUUUCAUCCAAGGAAGUUGCUCGUCUAAAGAAGCUAGUGGCAUAUUGGAAGGAACAAGCUGGUAGAAAAGGGGAUGACGAGGAAUUGGAGGAAAUCCAAGAUGAACGACCAACUAAAGACAAGACUGAUGGUCGUUAUUCGAUGUAAAAUAAUCUAGAAUUGAAUGCGAGGAACGAAAAUCAAGUUGUGAAUCUUGUUUAGCAGCCUCAAAAGUUUGAGGAGGAAUAGUGAAGAACUGCUUGUUCAGCUGGUUCGUAAUGGUACUAAGUGGUUGAGAUUUUCCUUCCCAGAAUUUUGUUGUCUGGAUUGGGAGGCUUAAAGAAUUUAGCUUAGGGAGUCCUCAAUCCUCAUGUUGUAUAGAGCUAUAUGUGUAUAUUAUACUUAACAAUCAAUCAAUGGUUACUUUAUUCUUUCUCCCAA